AUGGCGCACCCAUAUGAGCCAUGGCUGCGAUCUGCACCCCCUGGCGGACCAGAGGAGGUGGGUAUGUCUGGAUGGUGGGAUCUGCAUGGCGGAGCUGCUGGGUGGAUGGACCUGCAAGGUGCACCGGGGCUUGGGGGUGGGGGGGGAGGCAUGGGUCAGGGAGGCUCGAUGGGCCUCCAGCCCUCCGUCAGCUCCUACAAUCCAGAGAGCCAGAUGUGCUGCCUUCCCCCAUCACCCCAACCAUCUCCACUCUACACCCCCGACAGCUUCAAAAUGGAGCCGUUAGCACCUGACAUGCUGCAGCCCGGCUCCUCUGCCUCUUUUUCUUUGGAGGAGCCACAAGAGGGCGCCAGUGGCUCCAGCCGGCCCAAACCCAGCCGUCGAUCUGGGAGCAGAGCUCCAGGCCAGACCGCCUGCCGAUGUCCAAACUGCCUCAGCGCGGAGUCGCUUGGAGCCUCGGCAGGCGAUGAUGAGAAGCGCAAACACCUGCACAACUGCCACAUCCCAGGAUGUGGCAAGGCAUAUGCGAAGACAUCACACCUGAAGGCUCACCUGCGCUGGCACAGUGGUGACAGACCCUUUGUCUGCAACUGGCUGUUCUGUGGGAAGCGUUUCACGCGUUCUGAUGAGCUGCAGCGCCACCUGCAGACGCACACUGGCACCAAGCGCUUCAACUGUGGCGUGUGCCCGCGUGUCUUCAUGCGCUCUGACCACCUGGCCAAGCACAUGCGCGUGCACGAGUCGCCAUGCCAACCGCCCGAGGUGCAAAGCAGCGGGGAGCGCCUCUCGCCCGUGGUGAGUGGUGACGGCUCUACAUCUGCUCCACCCGUGCUACAUCUGAAGAGCGAAACAGAGAUGAGCAAAGAAGAGGGGGCAGCACACAGCAGCUAA